CAUUGCGUAGUCUAAAUUCUAGACGUUUUAAAAACGAUGUAUAGCAGAACCUGUUUCGUAUCAAGGACAAGGAUGUGCACCGAAUAAACCUCAAUAAAGAUGGCUAGUCAGUGCCAGUGGGUAACCGAAUUUAACGAACAACUUUCUAAUAACCCUGAGCUUUCUGGUGGCAAGUGGAACUUGAAAAUGGUGAAUCAUUCAUUACCGGAGAGAGGGUGGUUGAUAACGAAAAGUAAAGGAAAGGCGGCGUUUACCUGUAGCCACAGCAAGUGUGCCAACAGAUGGACGUCAGUCAAUGGCUUAGCAAAAUUCAACUAUCGAAAAGACGGAGAUGUAAGAGUCUUUCUCGCAAGACAAAAGUGUCAGAAAUGUGAGGAUAAAUUCGAAGAUGCUAUUUGGGAAGACUCAGAUAUAAAACGUGCAGUUACAAAGCUCUUAGAUAAAGUAAAAGAGAAGUUUUAUGGCUCAAAUAAUUCAACGACUGGUACACCAGACAACACAUACAUUCCUGCUGAUAUGCGAGCCCCUCAUCAAAGUCAUCUUUGUGAGGCAUGUGAAUUAGGAGAGUGUCAAAACGAUGAUGUAAACAGCAUUACAAGCGGGAUGGAAGAUCUUCGAGUUGACAGCGAGUCUUCAUCGGAGUCUGAUAAUUUUGAGUACUAAAUCAUUUACAUUUAUAUUCCUGAUCAAGAUUGGAAUAUCCUUGCACUGCGAUGACAAGAGAUCACCCUAGAACUAGAAUCCUGAACACGGCUGUAUAUGGCAUGAUCUCUAAUUCUUAAAACACGAACAAAAUAUAAAGGUUAUAAAUAAAACAAUAAUUCUUCAUAAAGCUAACAAUAAAAACGUCUUUAUUUUUCACCUUCAUGCAGUUGA